AUGGGUCGAAUCCCUUUUGUGACAAGCCCUUUGCACCCGUUCAAGUCCAAGCGUAGCACUCGGCAGAGCUCAACAUCUGAUAUUGUUUCCGACUUGUUUCUCGUGGCUGAUUUGACCUCCUUUGUGACUGUCCACGAUGUGAACAGUAGUAAGAUGCUGGCGUCCUAUGUCGGCUUCAUCGGUAUCUUGUGGUUCACGUGGUGCCAGGUCAGUCUGUACGACGUCUGGUUUGCCACGGACAGCAUCUUUGAGCGUGUGGCCCACGCGUGCCAUUUCGGCGUGAUGAUGGGGCUGGCCGUCAUCGGCCCCAACUUCCUGAGGCAGGACGCUUGGGGCCCCAUGCAGCAGCUGUCGCUGAUCCUUAUGGUGAGCCGCUUGGUACUCGCAUGUCAAUACGGCACGACGCUCUACUUCACAUGGCAUUACCGCAAGACUCGCGCGCUACUGUUGAUCACUUUGGUCUCGCUGCUGGCCGCUGCAGCUGUUUACUUUGGUACAUCGUUUGUGUUUCAGUUGCGCACCAGAUGGGACGCCUAUAUCGCGUGGUACUGCGUUUCCGUGACAGAGGUGCUUAUCAACGUGGUCGUGGCCGCGGUUUGGCCGGCUCUCUCGCUUGAGAAGACUCAUCUCGUGGAGAGGAUGACCUGCUUGACUUUGAUUAUCUUGGGCGAGGGUAUCAUUCUUUUGAACAAGGUUGUCAGCAUGAUCGGGAAGCUGAACCAGCGGUUCUUCCCCCCGGACACUGAAUUCUCAUAUCAUCCGACUCCCUCUCUAUCACAGUACCUGACUUACCAACUGUACUUCGACACCAUCAGCAGCGUAGAGGCACUAGGUCCGAUCGGCCAGCACCUGUGCGCUAUGCUCCACUUCCCCUUCCACGUCUGCCUCUGCCUCAUGAUGGAAGGGAUCAACCAAACCUUCAUCUGGGCACACCUCUGGGCCGGGAUCAGCCAGCUUUUCAAUCCCCUGAUGCGCGGGAUCAACAACAAUGCCCCGGUCGACGAACUCAGGGACAUGCUCGGGGAGGCGAUGGAUGACGUCCUGAACAGCUUCACCACCUACAUGGAUCAAUUCCACACCAUCAAUAGCUCCUACAACGCGACCAUCACACUGCCCCCCAACGCGACGGGGAUGAAGUUUAUCGAGAAGGCGUGGCCGGCAAUCAUGGGGACGAUACCCAAGGAAGAGGCGGCCAAGGCGAAUGUCACGUUCCAGGAGGAGAUCGACGCGGCCAUGAAGGUCUAUGAUCUUACUUUCGGCCUCUUCCUGAUCUUCACCACGGUCUUCGAAAUCCUAUCGCUUCCCCGCGAACUCAUCAUUUCGGCAUGCGCCGCGACAGCACGGGGAACGUCGCGCUCGUGGGGCUGGGCCUGGCGCUGCUCAGCCCGGAGUCUCAUGAACAUCACCGGAAAGAGCCAGGCAAUCGGCCAAUCACCGUGGGCACUCCAGCGCUGGCGCUGA